AUGAGCUUAGCAGGUUUGGUAGCAUAUGAUAGUAGUGAUGAAAGUGACAAUGAAGAUUGUCCAAAGGAAAACACAACAAAAAAUGUUGAAAUCACAAUUAGUUCUGAUAAUUUAAAAAAUAGUAAAUCAAUCCAAAAUGAUAUAAAAUCAAAACUACCCGAGCCAAGACAAAAAAUUCAAGAAAAUGAUAGGUUAGACUCGAGUAAUGAUGUGGGUAACUCGUCAAGUAGUUUAUUUUUUAACAUACUCCCAAAACCUAAAAAUGAGAUUAUUAACGAAGAAAUCGACGAGGAACUUGAUGAUAUUCCUGUUAUGUCUAUGAAAAACAUAACUAUCGAAAAACCGAUUAAAAAAAUCAGAGAGCCAGUAAAAAUAUCAAUUCCAUCUUUAUCCGAUUAUGACGAUGUUGAAGAACCGACCAAAGUCAUUAGAAAACCUCAACCAUCAAAGGGAUUACCAGGAGUAUUAGCUAAUAUCCCUCCGCCGAAAAGUGAAUUAAUUAGUACCAAAAAUAUGGUUCCUCAUGUUUUGACUAAAAAAUCAGGUUCAGUUACAUCACUAGCAUUAAAACCAACUCAAGUAAAAAAGAACGCUCAAAAUCAUACCCAAGUCAAUAAACAGGUUGAAGAAACUAAAACUUCAAAGGCCCUUGAUGCCAUCACAUAUGCUUCAGACUCUUCAGAUGAAGAGGAUACAAAAGUCAGCAGUAAAAGCGGUAUUGACUUUUUCUCAUUAUCUGAACCUGUAAAUUUACCAAUUUCCGAACAAGCUUUAGCAUCACAUCUAUUACCAAUGCCAGAAAAAAUGGAAAUUUCGAAUUGUGUUGGUGAAACUACUAAUAAUGUUGAGGAACCUGAAGUCAACGGUCAAAAUCAAAAGACAUUAACAAGUACAGUAAUGAAUUUACCGCGAGAUGAGAUAUUAAUGAAAAAUAAAGCUGCAAUUGGUCCAAAACUGCCAGUACCCGAGCAAGAAUUCCGUUUAGACAGUGAAGGAAAUGUUGCGUUUGAUGAUAAAGCUAUUGAAUAUCUUUGUGGAAAACGUGGAGUUAAACGGAAACAUCAAAUCGUUAAUGAAACUGAGAUAAUUGAUAUCAAUGGUGAAGACAUAAAACCAGACGAACGAGAUUGGUUAAUAAAAGCACUGACUGAAGAACCAGUACAAAGACCAGUAUCACUUGGUUCUGGACCCAGUGCUCGUGCUUGUAAAAUGUCAGGUGGUAAAUCACCGUACUGA